AUGGCGGAGCGAUUCCAAAAGCAUCUACUCACGCUUCCGCCGGAUGCUGGAGUCGAUGUUGGCAAUGUCAAGAAGCAGUUAUUGGAGCACAUCGUACAGAAUGAUAUGUACCCAUACUUAGAGAGCUUGAGAGAGCAGCUUCCCGCGAUGAGCGAUGUGUCUCCUAUGGAACAUCUGCGGGAGGCUAAUGUAAAGGCUUUGGCAGAGCUGGAAGAGAAGAUCGAUUUCGCGGAAAAAAAUUUUGGGUCAUCCGAAGUAAAGGACGCAGUACUCGAAAAGGCAAACUAUUACUUGAAGAUAGGCGAUUAUACAAAUGCUGUAUCGCAAUACGAAGUUGCACUGACCCAGACAGUUGGUGUUAACAGCAAGUUGGAGAUCGUUCUCUGCUUACUCAGGGUGGCAUUUUUCUUCAACGAUGUACCAUUACUAAUGAAAUAUAUGGAGAAAGCCAAAAAGGAAAUUGAAAACCGCGGGGACUGGGAAAUGAGAAAUAGGUUACAUAUAUAUGAAUCGCUACAACUUAUCAUUUGCCGAAAGUUUAAAGAUGCAGCUGGGCUUUUGUUGAACUCACUCUCCACUUUCACGGCCACGGAACUCAUCACCUUGGAAGAAAUGGUGAUGUAUACAGUAAUAUUGUCCCUCAUAACCAUGGACCGACCCACACUACGGAGCAAAGUAAUGGAGUCGCCAGAAGUUGCUCAGGUAGCCAGCGAAGGUUCACUAUUGCAACAGCUGAUCCAUGACUUCUACCACUGCAACUACAAAAACUACAUGCUCAACCUAGUAAGAGCCUACGAUUUGGUUGUAAAGGACCGGUACAUGGCGCGGUACUGCAGAUACUUCCUGCGACAGGCACGUCUACCUGCAUAUCGACAAUUUCUACGCCCGUACAAGUCUGUGACGAUCGAAAGUAUGGCGCAUGCCUUUCAACUGCCACCUGACUUUCUGGAGCAGGAACUUGUAUCCUAUAUUAGUGGUAUGAGGCUAGACUGCAAAAUAGACCUUGUCAACGGAAUCAUCGAAAACAGCAUUAUGGACGAACGAAACACCAACUACAUAGAAAUUGUGAAAGAGGGCGAUCUGUUGCUGAAUCGUAUACAAAAACUAUCGCGGAUAGUUGACAUGUAA